AUGGCUGAUUUGAUUCUUAUUGCAGUGUUAGUAGUGGUCGUUACUCUUAUUCUUAAAAACGUUCUCUUUUCGUCAGUUUCCACAGUAGAUGUGGUCAAGGAAAUUGACGAAUCGGGAAAAACUAAGGAAGAAGAAGAAGAGCCCACAGUUAUUCAAGACUAUACUCCGAGAAUGUUGUCCAACUACAAUGGGUUUGAUUUGGAGAAGAUUUAUAUUGGAGUCAGAGGCAAAGUGUAUGAUGUGAGUAGUGGCAGAAGAUUCUAUGGCCCUUCUGGACCUUACUCAAAUUUUGCAGGUCACGAUGCAUCACGUGGUUUGGCCAAGAAUUCGUUUGAAUUGGAGGUGAUUCGGUCGUGGGAUGAACCAAUUGAUGAUCUCUCGGAUCUGUCUGAAGCUGAUUGGACCAGCUUGAAAAACUGGGAGGGCAUGUUCCAAGGGAAGUAUCCUGUUGUGGGAAGGCUGGUUAGCGAGAAAGAGUAUAAGACGAGUAGUAACCAGGCUCAUGUCAUGGAUUAG